AUGAGAGGUCCUUCUGAAGCAGGUCCAAGUAAAGCAAUAAAGAAGAGUAAUGCAAAAAACUGUCCUUCACAAGAAGGUCCAAGCACUCCAGCUCCAAGUGCUCCAACACAUGUGAGUCAAGAUCCUUUGACUCAAGAGCAUGUCAAUCAAGAGUCUGUCAUUCAAGUGAAUGUCCCUGUGAAUCAAGAGUCUGUCAUUCAAGAGAAUGUCCCUGUGAAUCAAGAGCAAGUGAAUCAAGAUCUUGUGAAUGAAGUACCUAUCAACCAAGAUCCUGUGAAUCCAAUACCUAUUAACCAAGUGCUUGUGAAUCUUGGUGUUAGAGUGCAUAAGAGACUUGGUGUUAGAGCAAGGAAGCCUUCAGAGAGAAUCAACAAGAUACAAAUCAGGAAGCAGGAUUUUCGAAAGGAUGGCAAAGGAGUGACUGAGGACAACCCAAUUACUUUAGAGUGA